CUCCUCGCACUCCAGAGAACAUCUUCCUCUCCGCCGCACUGCAGAGUCGCAGUCGGCUCCGUCGGUCGCGAGCCGAAUCCACUUCCUCCCCAUAGCUCAGACCAGAGCGCUGCCUCAUUCCCCGUGCAUCCAUGGAGGCUCCGGCGCCGGAAACCGGAUCGAAGGACCUGAAAGCCCUCGCCUCGCUGUACUCGAGCUACGUCUGGAACCGCCUCUUCGGUUCCUCUCCCUCCCCCGGCGGUUCCGGUUUCCUCGGGAAAAUCUCCGGCCUGUACCGCCGGACCGCUCGCCCGAGGUCCCGCAGGCGCACGUCCCGUCUUCCUCUUCCGCUGCCUUCCAAUUCGGCCGACCGCUCCGUGGUUUUGACCGAGGCAUCUAGAGUUUACGAUGUCCUGGAGGAUAUUAUGGCACAUAUAUUAUCGUAUCUGCAUGACAUUCAGAAGCAUUUGGAGUUUUGGCAAACGCGAGCUGAGGGUUCUAAUGGUCGAAAGAUGUACUUCAUGAUUUUUGAGAGAGGGCCUCUUGCUUUCGUAGAUGAAACAGUUCGGUUGUUACAACAAUCUGUCGCAGAGGGUUAUUCAUCGCAACACCUUUGCCGCUCUGCAUCAGCACACAUAUCUGAGAGGAUAACCAUUUUGACUUACUUGAGAUGUUCGCUUGCUUCUUUUCUAGCCGAGGUCUAUGUUGAAGUUGACAAACGGGGAGAAGAAUUGGUCAAAAGCCCGGAGAAAUCUCUUCCAUCUUUAUUGGUCGUUAUGGACGGUUUAUUUUCAAAGUUGGAGGAAUCCAUUGGCUCUUUGCCCCUGCAUAAUCAGAAUAAUUCUUCUCCCGAUGGAAGCUAUUCUCAUCGGCUUGCAUUUCAUAGUUUGCCCAAAGUAAUUCAGGAGGGAUCUCAGUGGACAGAUUGUGAAAUUAGUGAUGCUAUCAAUUUGAUUUACCAGAACAUACAGAAACUUGAGUCUUACUUAUCUUUUGCGGUGGCCAAGUACAAGAAGCCAAGAAAAGUUACUCAGUACUGGAUUAGCUAUACAUGUGGAGCAGUUGGAUUUGCUGCCUGCUCUAUGUGGCUGGUCAGGCAUAGCAGCUUGGUGGGGAGUUCUGAUAUUAACAACUGGAUUCGUGAAGCGAGGGACUCUACACUUAGCUUUUUCAAUGAUCACGUAGAGCAACCGCUUUUGUCCAUCAGAGACGAACUCUUUGAAACAUUCAGGAAGAGACAUGAAAGUGCGAUGGAGCUUGAAGAAGUACAUUUAACUUCCAAAUCUCUCCAUAGAAUGUUGAAGGCUUUCAGCGAGCAGACUGAGGGCCAGAAGCUGCCAGAGGAUGCAUCUGAUCAGCAAAUGCUAGAAAUAGUUAUGGCCAGAUAUGAGAAGGAACUGAUGCAUCCUGUGAAGAAUCUUCUUAGUGGAGAGCUUGCCCGUGCUUUGCUCAUUCAGGUCCAGAAGCUAAAACUGGAUAUUGAGACGGCAAUGCUUGAGCUUAACCAGAUACUUAGAGCAAAUGAAAUCAACUUUGCAAUUCUAGCUGCCUUGCCAGCAUUUUUCCUCUCUCUUAUUCUGCUAAUGAUAAUGAGAGCUUGGCUAAAACAGGAUACUAGAGCUGAAGGAAGAGGAAGAGUUGCUCGUCUGCAAAGGAGGUUACUUUUGGUGGAGAUUGAGAAACGAAUUAUGCAGUACCAGAAUUACAUUGACCAAGGACUAGAAAAUGAUGCACGGUGCAUGUAUGGCUUGAUGUUGUACAGUCUAGAUCGCCUAUACCUUGCUGUUGAGAGGCAUGCAAGAGCAACUGGGGAAUGGCCAUGGUUGAGACAAGAUAUCAUCGACUUGGCAAAGCCUGGCCUUCAGACGACGUACAAGUUCAAAGUGACAUCACGGAUGGAGCGGAUGUAUGACUGCCUGCUCCCUUCACCAAAACGCAAGUAGCACCUUUGAGCGUUCCACAGACCCAAAACUUUUUGGAGGGUCUGACAAUUUUAUCUUCACACAGGAUAAAAGCGAUAGGCAAAUGUAUUGAAUUUUGUUUGGCUAAUUUUAGGAAGAGGAAAGUGAUUCGCUCGUCAUUAGUUCCUUGCCUUCAAUUUGAGGAACUUCUUUUUCUUUGUUUCUUUGUUUGCUUAGAAGGUGUCGGACUUCGUGGACAUAGAUAUGAUCUCCAUGUACUGGCGUAGUCACAGUAAAUUGCGCGACAUCUGGUAAUAAGAGACAAUUUGCAAGUGGAGCACGACUUAA